AUGCAUAAAGAUUCAAUUGUUGUUAAUAAAUUAAAAGAUACUCCAUUUGGUGCUUCAAUUCAAUUACCAUCAUAUUGUAAUAAUGAUCCAGCUUAUUUAAAUGAUGAAGAUUUUCAAACUUUAAAAGAAGCUGUUGAAACCAAUUUAGUUGUUAUUAUACCAGAUCAAGCAAAAUUAUUACCAAAAUCUCAAUAUAUUUUAACAAAAAGAUUUGAUCCAUCAAUUCCAGAACCAAAAGAAACUAAUGGUGGUGCUAAUUAUGGUCAUGGUAAAGAAUUUAGACAUGAUAAAUCUGUUCUUAAAAAAGAUGGAUGUUCUGUAAAAACACAACCUCAAGUUCAAAUUUUAGGACAAGGUAAAUUUGAAGCUGAUGAAGAAGGUAAUGAAAAUGGUGAAGCUAUUAAUUUAACUCAUCCUUCUCAUACUACUUUUCAUCAUACUCCAUUAACUGAAAAACAAAUUAAAGAUAAUAAACAAACAAGAUUUUAUAGAUGGCAUAUUGAUAGUGCUUUAUAUGAAUUAUCUCCACCAAUGGUUACUACUUUAUUAGGUAUAAAGGUUCCUCCAACAACUCAAUAUCAAACUAUUAAAUAUGAAGAUGAUGGUAGUGAAUUAAAAUUAACUCAAGGUGCUACAUGUUUUAUUAGUGGAGCUCAAGCUUUUCAAGGUUUAAGUGAAGAAGAUAAACAAUUUGCUUUAAAUACUACAGUUGAAUAUGCCCCACAUCCAUAUAUUUUUAUAUCACCAGCAGGAGCUACAUGGGAUGGUUUAACAAUGGUUUCAGAAGGUAAAGAAAUGGAUUUUAAUGAUUUACCAGAUUGGGAAGAAUCAAAAGUUAAAAAAUUACCAAUGGUUUGGACUAAUCCAACAACUAAAGAACAUCAUUUACAAGUUCAUGGAUGUUGUUUAUAUAAAUUACAUACAAAAGGAGGUAAAACUCUUGAUUUAAAAGAAUCUAGAGAAAAAGUACAUCAAUUAAUGAGACCCGCAAUUUCACCAGAAAAAGUUUUAGCACAUUCUUGGAAACAAGGUGAUUUAGUAUUAUUUUUUAAUCGUGGUGUUUGGCAUUCAGUAACUGGUGAAUUUAAAGGUUUAGGAAAUGAUGGUCAAGAUGAAAGAAGAUUAAUGCAUCAAUGUAAUAUUGCUAGUGGUGUUGAUCCAGUAACUGUUUUUUAA